AUGGCCGCCUUUGAUCAGCUGCCCCAAGCGGCUUCGGAUGACUCUUCGGAUGUCCAAGAGAGUGUGUGGCAAGAGUUGGAAGAGAAGCAACUCUUGGGGCCGAAGACGAGGUGGUGGGUCCAGCACUUCUGCUCCGCUCGCCCUGGGUCACUUUGGGCUUUGGCCACAUUGGCUUUAUGCAUCUAUGCGGUGGUGCGGCCAAACGAAGACAUGUCCAACGUCCUGGGAAGGAAAGUGAUUCGCGUGGCAGCUGCUAUGGGAGGCUUGGCCACAGCAUCGGCCAUGUUUGCCAGCAGUGGUACUGCUUCAUUCUUGCAGAGCGAGGCUUUCAGGGAGCUGUUGAGCUACGAACAAGGUGACGACAGCCCUUCCGACUGGCGAAGCCAUCGUUUCGACACAGUAGCCAGGUUGCACCUGCUGAGGAGGCUUUGCACGAAUGGCAUUCUUGUGGGUCUUCCACUCAGCCCAGCCUUCUUAUCAGAUCCCAUCUAUGUUCUGGCAUGGCUGCUCUUGCUGGGCUUUGUGGUGUUUUACCUUCCUGGCUUGUCGAUUGUGCGGGUGUUGGUGUCACGCUUGAGCCGCUCUCUCGUGGAGCAAAUGAUGAACAACAUCGAAGCUGGUCCAGAGUCAUGGAAGGGCACUGGACAGUUCUGGCAAGUGAUGACCCAGAAGCACCAACAGAUGGAUCGUAUGCUCGAAAGAGCCUGGGCGCUCGCGAUGUGGUUUUUCUUGCCAUCUUUAGCCAACAAUGUGAUUUUUGGUGUGAUUGGUUUGGUGGUGUGCUUAUCUGCGGUGAUCACCAGUCAGAAUGCCUUGGUUGCCUUUACUGGUUUGUUCGUGAUUUGCUUAAACGUAUUCAACUUCGCAGAACGUCUCAAGGACAUGGCCAACAUUACCCAGAUGUGUAUGUCUACUACAGCUGAUACUCGCAGCAUUUUAACUCUUGCCAUUGCGAAGUCUGGCCCCAGUCCUUGCAGUGAAGCUGGUUUAAAGACUGCUGGUUACUCCAGUUGCGCAAAGGAGCGCUCAGAUCAUUCGCGCUUUCUGACUUAUUUGAUGGCCAAUCGUGCAGGGGGUGAAGAAUGGCAAGAACGUCCACAGUAA